AGAAUUUAGAUUUAAAUAAAUAUAUUAUUAGUCAGCAAAUAUAUUAUUACCCAGCAAAUAAGUCUUUUUAUCUUUAGAUAUUUUUUUCUUCAGUGUAAUAAUAAAGUUAAAUGAAAAUGACAAGCGUUAGCAAAUUGGCAAAACAGCUGAACGAGGAGAUCAUUACUAUAUGUAUAAAUUAUUUAUAUUACAUUCGAAGUUCGAUAUGUACAUAGCUAUAAACUAUUUACGAUCUUUAACUGAGAGCAGAAGCAUUCAUUACAGAUUCAUAUUGACGGACCGUUAUUCGGCUGUCCAGUUCAAUAAUUUUCAAUUAAAUUUCAACUGUGAAGUAAUUUGACGUGUAAAAGAUUUCUUAUUUUCCGACCGUUGGUUUUUGCAGUAAUUAUCGUCAAAAUUCUUUCUUGUGUGAAAUAAAAUGUAGGUAGACAGUAAUAAGAAAUUCACGAAGCUGCAUUUAUUUGUCAAAAUGUAAUGCGCGCGCAGACCAUGAAUGCCGGCCUGAAUAUCGAUACGACCAUAUCUCUUCAUUUUCAGUGAGUUUGUAAAGUUUGUCGUGAGUUUGUAAGUCUGCAGUUAGAGUCGAGAAAUUACGUUCAGUUGAGUUGGAAAUAUAAUAAAUUAUUCGACGCACUUGCGAAUAUAUGAUGCAUCGCUGUCUUCGUCUUGCCUCCCUGCUUUCUUAAUCCUCUGGCUCCUAAUUCUGCAUCCUGUUUCGUCGGGGCAUUCCGGACACUCGCUCGUGGCACUAAUACUGAGAUUCGCGUAGAUAUGACGAUUCGUUUGCAGAAACCAGUGUUAAUUAAUGCGAUGUCGAGAGCCCGAUUAAAUGAUCCUCCAAAAGUCGGCGAAAUUAAUCGCCGGUAAUUAACGUACGUUAAUAUUUAAUAUACAAUUUACGAUAAUAGAUAUACGAUAUACGAUAAUACGCGUAGAUAAUAUGUACGAUACACACUCAAACAAAUGAUCUUGUAGUCAUUGCGAAGAUUAUCUAGAUACGCGAAAUUAGUUAAGAUGGAUAAAUAGCAAACAUACUGCGAUAUCAUAUAUGUUUGGUAUUUAAUCAAUACAGAUGAUGGAGACGGAAUUUCUAUCUGAAUUAUUUGCGAAACUAUUUGGCAAGAAAAUUUCCCUCUCUCUCUCUCUCUCUCUCUCUCUAUGACGUCCAUACAGCCACUCACGUUUCUUCUAAAAAUAAACUGGCAGACAAAAAGAGUACGAGCGACGAGAGACAAACGGAUGUAUAAUCCUCACACCCACUUAAAUUUGCUCGUAGAUAUUGUUGUUGUAAAUUCUAUGCAUGCACAGACAAUUUUCCAGCAGAGACAACAAACAGCGAUACAUUUCAAUUGCGACAUUUAGAAUUCUACCUGGAGUAGCGGAGCAUUUUUUUGAGUGCGAUAUGUUCCACGUGCGUAUAACUCGCCGACUCGAGACGUAUACACUCGCGUAUGAAAAACAGUACGCGACGCACAAGAGUGCCGAAACAAUGGACACAAUGACACAAAGGGCAUUUCUCGUCAAUUGCCAACCGUCGUUGGCUCACCGUUUAACGGUCGAGUGUGAUGAAAACAAUUAACGCCUUCAAAACAUUGCGAACCUUCAAGACGGUCGAACGUACGUCGCGCAGUUUUGCGAGUGUUUCAUUCCGUUACGAGUCGGCGAGCGACACGCAUAUGUAAAUACGUUAUUUAGCAUUGCGUUUCAAAUAUUUUGCCGGCUUUUAGAAUAUUGCAUCGGGCUUCUCGUUGGCAUCACCUUCUCUCUAGAACCCUAAACAUAGUGUAAGAAACAUCGAAGAAUUGACGUUCCUGCGAUUAGAUAAAGUUGAAGGAAGUUGCAUUGAAAAAAUAAAACAUGUUUUUAAGAACGGUCGAGAAGUUAGCCUGCGUAAAGUUUUACUCAUGUUUCGGGUUUUCUUCUUUAAUUACACGCGUUUCAAUUGAAUCGCGUCUACGCGAGUGUCGGUAUCAGUGUCAACGUCACAAGUGAGGAUCCGAAGUACCACGACGAAGCAGCCAGCAUAAUCAGAAUGCUGAUUCUGAAAGUCUGGACAAGCACGCGAGCAACGAUACAUCAUGUAUUUUUAGAGGUUUGCACCUGUGACGACGCAAAAUGGGAACGUCACUUGUGAUCCCCGUCGUGGAGGAUCCCUCGAGAUGCUGCGAGGAUGUCGCAGCGUACAGAAAUGGCGUACAGUGUCCUUGAAGGGGAGAUGAACUUUGCGAAGAUGCACGUGUGAUACGGGACAGGCUCCGACAAAAUGUUGAUCAAGGAGUAUCGUAUACCGAUGCCUCUCACGGUAGAGGAGUAUCGAAUCGCUCAGCUGUACAUGAUAUCGAAAAAGUCUCGAAAUGAGAGCACGGGCGCCGGUAGCGGUGUGGAGAUAAUCGAGAACAAGCCGUAUAGCGACGGUCCGGGCGGCGACGGGCAGUACACCCUGAAGAUCUACCACGUGGGCAGUCACCUGCCGGGCUGGUUCAAGAGCCUGCUGCCCAAGUCGGCCCUGAUCGCCAAGGAGGAAGCAUGGAACGCCUAUCCCUACACCAAGACCCGCUACACGUGCCCGUUCGUGGAGAAGCUCUCCGUCGAGGUCGAGACGUACUACCUUCCGGACAACGGCCAUCAGGACAACGUCUUCCAGCUUAACGGCAGUGAUUACAGGAAUAGGAUCGUGGAUGUGAUCGACAUCGUCAAGGAUCAGCUCUACGGUUCAGACUACUUUAAGGAGGAGGAUCCCAAGCUAUACGUGUCGGAGAAGACAGGAAGAGGCCCGCUGGAGGACACCUGGCUGGAGGAUUAUUGGGCCGAUGUGGAAGGUCAGCAACAGCCAUCGCCGUCGGGAAAGUCACUAAUGUGCGCGUACAAGCUAUGCCGAGUAGAGUUCCGUUAUUGGGGCAUGCAAGCAAAAUUAGAAAAGUUCAUACACGACAUAGCUCUGCGGAAGACGAUGCUGCGAGCGCACAAGCAGGCCUGGGCCUGGCAGGACGAGUGGAACGGACUGACGAUGGAGAACAUCAGGGAGAUCGAGCGGCAGACGCAGCUGGCGCUGCAGGAAAAGAUGGGUUUGGGUGAUUCCACGGAGGACGAGCUCGGCGAGGAGGCGAAGGCGAUCACUGCAGCCGCGGCGACCACAGCGGGGGCGGCGGCGGGUGCGACGGGCCCGGGUGUCGCGUUGACGCCGCAGGAGUCGGACGUCGCCAAGACGUUGGCGGCCACUUUGGGCAGCAUCGAGAAGAACGACGAGGCGCAGAGCCCGCCGUCCGUCAGGAAGCCGUCCGAUAUUCCCAUCAUCAACACGGCCGGCAGCUCCGAGGGUGAGAUCAGCCCCGAGGACUCGCCGACCGACUUGGACGAAAUCAGAGCCGCGACCGUCGACGAGAAGGCAGACGGCAAGAAGAAAUGGCGGAAGAACAACGUGGCUAUGCACUCGCCGAAUUCCAACAAAAGCUUCGACAUCCAGAUCGCGAACUGGAGGAUGGAGAGCAUCGUCAGGGAAUCCGAGUCCGGCAGCGACGACGAGUUCUUCGACUGUCAGGCUGGGUUCAUUAUACCUGUUAUACGCAAAGAGGACUUUGAAGAUAGCCCUUCAUUAGCUAAAUGGAGUUCUUUGGAUCUUCUAGCAGAAGGGGAAGACGCGACUGUGCGUACACCGCCCGCGGCGAACGAGCAAGAGGACACAAUAUUUUCGCCUUCGUACCUGCAGCGCGUCGCCAGCGAGCGAAACAGCAAGAGACUACAGAUCUGCUCGUCGACCAGUAUCGACGUGUCGUGUCCAGCGUCCCCUCAGCACUCUCCUACACAUCAGCCGUGCAAGAUCACUGUGCUGAUCAUCGUGGUGCACGCCGGUAGUGUUUUAGAUGCGAAUGUCGAUUUAACGGCGAAGAAGUCGGACAUUAUGACAUUCCGUGGAGCUUUCGAGUCCGUCAUGAGACAGCAUUAUCCCAGUAUGGUCGGCCACGUCUGCAUUAAGUUCGUCUCCUGCCCUUCCAUCUGCACCGAGGGUCUUGGAAUUUUGUCAAGUCUGAGUCCGUACAGCUUCGACGUGUCGCCAUCGUGCAUGGACGCUCCUCAAAUCACGCACGACACCAUUCCGAUCGGCGCGAUACCGCUAUUGGCGAGCUCGAGCUCGGACUAUCAGGAUGCUGUCUCGCGCGUUGUGAUGGGCGCUAAUCAGGUGUAUCACGACUUCAUCAAAAGCGACGAGGGCAAGGGUUUCUCCGGGCAGAUUUGCUUCGUGGGCGACUCCGUGGGCUCGAUCCUGACCUACGACGCUCUGUGCAGAGCGACGCAGCAUUCGCGGCACAGCAGCGAGAACAGCAUACUGGAAACCAGCAAUCAGAAUAAUGAAAACGGCGGGAGCACCGAAGAUGGCAAACAUCUGUCCGCGCCGUCUCCCAGAAGAAGAUCUUCUGGCACAAGUGACAAUCCGCAUCACAACAAGCUGGACUUCGAGGUGGGCGACUUCUUCACGUUCGGCAGUCCGCUCGCUUUGGUUCUGGCUUACAGGAAGAUCGCCGCGUCCGGUGAUAAAAACAGCUUCAUCCCCAGGCCGUUGGUCAAUCAAGUGUACAAUCUGUUCCAUCCCACGGAUCCCGUAGCCGCGAGAUUGGAGCCUUUGAUCUCGGCGAGAUUCUCGCUGAUUCCACCGAUCAAUAUUGCUCGAUAUCAAAAGUAUCCGCUCGGCAAUGGCCAGCCUUAUCACUUGCUGGAAACCAUCCAGACUAAUCCGCAGCUGUUCGCUGACGGACUGAAUGUUCCCAAUGUUCAACUGUCGCAUUUAAGAAGACUAUCCGAUAUAUCGCUUCAAAGCACGAUGUCGGGUAUUAUCGAUAGUGUUCCUUUGCAGGCGGUGUCUGCUCUGACGCAGAAGUGGUGGGGCACCAAGAGACUGGAUUACGCACUCUACUGUCCAGAGGGUCUCGCUAAUUUUCCUACGAACGCCUUGCCGCAUCUCUUUCACGCUAGUUAUUGGGAAUCUUCGGACGUGAUCGCGUUCAUCCUGAGACAAUUGGGCAGAUUCGACUUGCAAUUGCUCGGCAAUGAUGAGAAAGACCUCACUUGCUUCCGUCCAGGUCAACCCAGAGAGAAGUGGAAUAAAAAGCGUACCUCCGUUAAACUUAAGAAUGUUGCUGCCAAUCACAGAGCGAAUGACGUCAUCGUGAGGGAAGGUGCACCACAAGUACUAGUCGCUAGGUUCAUGUACAGUCCUAUUGAUAUGAUAACUUUAACAGGUGAGAAAGUGGAUAUCCAUAUUAUGCGAGACGCACCAGCAGGCGAGUGGACGCACCUCUCUACUGAGGUAACUGACAAAAAUGGUAGGAUAAUAUACAAGAUACCAGACGACAAAGCGCUAAGUUACGGUCUUUACCCGGUGAAGAUGGUUGUAAGGGGAGAUCACACAUCUGUAGAUUUUUUUAUGGCGGUGAUACCCCCGAGAACAGAAUGCGUGGUUUUCAGCAUAGACGGUUCCUUCGCUGCCAGCAGGUCGGUGAGCGGCAAGGAUCCGAAAGUUUGGGCAGGUGCCGUCGAUGUUGUUAGGCAUUGGCAAGAACUGGGUUACCUCAUUAUCUAUAUUACCGCGAGACCCGACAUGCAACAGCAGACGGUGGUUUCCUGGCUGUCGCAGCAUAACUUCCCCCACGGUCUCGUCUCGUUCGCAGACGGCCUGUCGAGAGAUCCACUCGCUCACAAAGCCGCGUACCUGAAUAAGCUCGUGAAGGAACACUGUAUGGUAAUCCAUCAGGCGUACGGCAGCGAGAAAGAUAUCAGCGUGUACACGGCGAUAAAUCUGAAGCCGAGCCAGAUCUUCAUCAUCGGCAAGGCGUCCAAGAGGCAUCAGACAUUGGCGACAAUAUUGCACGAGGGUUACGCCGCUCAUUUGAGCACGCUGCAGGCACACGGAGGCUCGCGUCCUGCUCAGGGCAACGCGCGCAUGGUGAUUCCUAGGGGUCAGUUUGGCCUGCCGGGACAAAACGCUUCCCUGCGCCGACGGAGCUCUUUUAGGACGGCGAAGCGUACAAUCUCGCAGCCACCCUUGGGCAAGCCGCCCUUUCCGUUGGAGCGAUCUACGAGCGUCGGUCCACCAGCCACGCACGCCUCGGCAUCAUCCUCGCAGUCAGCGGCGUCCGAGAAACUCUGACGAUUCGCGCGUUGCCGCUCGUUCUUCGAGUCCCGGCGGUAACUCGCGAGGAAAGGACACGAUCACGACUCCUGGUUCCGUAUGCGGAUUAGUUCCCUCCUCGUUUCGUAGGUCCACCUUACGUUUGGACGGCCGUCGUCUUGUUUAGACCCCUACGUCGUCGUGGAUCAUGAUUACAGUGACGUUCAUAGUUUGAGAUUUGUGUGCACGCCGAUCGCGUGGAGUCCUUAGUCCACGUUCCGUAGUUCCUCGAUGCCGUAGACGUCGUUCCUACACACACCUCACACUCUUCGUCACGUGGAUCCAUGGUCUCGCGGGUCCCCAUCUCUUGGAUCUUGGUUGUCACGCGGAAUUCCGGUCGCUCAAACUUACGGAUUCUUUUUUCAUUCCGCUUUAAUUUUCUUUGUCCUCAUUUGCUCUUUUGUAUUCUCGCUUCGCGGAAUCUUGCUUUUGGAUACUUUACAUAAUAAAAUGUUGAUUUCUUCAGGGAGAGUCCAGAGGCGAAAAGGAAUGACUGGAAGGUUCCGUAGUUGUCAGUGCACAACUGUAUAUAGCUUAACAAAGAACAUCGUGUGUAUAGUUUGUUAUACGAUACACAUAAGGCGUAUGACGCAACGUGUAUGUUUGCUCGUGUGCAAGUAGAAUCAAUCGAAUGGAAAAGUUUUUUACCAUUUUGCCAACAAUCAUGAUAAUUUUUGAGGUAUUGACGAUAGAAAGUUGGAUAAUAAAAAUGAAAGCGUGAUUUUGAGAUUGUGAGGGUGAUAAAACGAAAUUUUUAGACGAAGUUUCGUCCAAGAUAUCUGGAUUUAUUGACAAUUUUUUUGACAGAUUUAGAUAUUAGAUGAAACUUUGCCUAAAAACUCGUUCCAUUGUAUUAUCUCAUUCGCUGCUUUUUUUUGUUAUCUCAAUAAUUAUCGUAGUUAUUUGCAAAAUGGCACAUGACUUGCUCGUUCAAUUUGAUUAGCUCUACCUGCCCAUAACGAACAGAUGUACGAGUUGCGUCAUACAUCUUGUAUAUAUAGGGUGGUCCACUUAAAUCGAACACCUUAAAUAUAAAUUAUUUUUGAUGAUACGGAAAAAUGAUUCAGAUGAAAGUGGAAGGGUGGCAAGGGGAACACAUUUUGGUCACGUUUUUUUUCUAAGUGGAAGCGCUAAAAAGAUAUGAGGGUCAUCUUCACUUUUUUAAAUGGAAUUAUGAUUUUUUUUAUAAAUAUGAUUCCUUUACUUAUUUUAUGUAUAAAAAUACUAAGAAGUAUAAUUGUUGAAAAAUCAAUAGAUUUACGAGAUAUUUUAUACUUUAUUCUGACAAAAAAUUUAGUCAAGGAGAUGUUCAAAAUGAUGUCCUCCGAUUUCAAUACAUUGAAAGUGAAGUUUGCGCUAAUAAAAAUAGUACUGUAAAAAUCUUACUUCUUAAAUAAAUCGUCUGAAUGCGUGAAUUUUUAACAGUCGGAUUAAUAAUUUUUUUUUAACAUUUUGUAUUUCAAAGCAAUUCUAGUCUCGACAUUUUUAUAUACAUAUUAGGAUUUUCAUUUCAAAAUGUCUUCAGUAACCUGUCAUUCACAGGUAUCACAAUAAUGAUGAGACAUUCCGUAUUGUUGGACAUUAAUAAGUGCAAUGGAGUUCUUAUCAGUCAUUCCUCUUCUUUAGUAUUUUACAUCCAUACGGUUCGACAUAAUGAGACAGACUAUACAAAGACUAGAUUAAAAAAGAUUUCUUGUUCAGUCUCGCGGAUCCUGCAUCAUGUGGGGGUCCUCGUUACUGUGAAUUGUACAUUUUUCUUCGGUUUCGCGAAUCCUCGUACAGCUCCAGUUAUACGUUUUCUUCCGUUAUAUAUACGGAUCCAUCACUACCUCUUCCGUAUUAUCCCCGUAUCGUUAUUCCGGAAUCGACUUCCGUCGCGUAUGUACAUAUACUCAAGAUUUUUCACUUGUAUACUUUGCAUCAUUUUUUGAUACGACGAGAGAAGCUAACCGAUAAUAUCAUCUUACGUUGUAAACUUACUGUUCUUUCUACUUUUAAGUAUAUUCUUUCUCCCGAUAUCCGCGCGAGUGACGCAAAGGUACAUAAAUUGACGUAUUAGCGGAGAGCUUCGUUUGGCAGAACAAUGCGCCGAGAAUGAGAGAAACUUGUUGAAACUGUUACCUGAGUCUACCCGUUGUUAUUAAUAAGGAGAAGUAAUAUAACGUUAUCUGUGACAGACAUACACACAAACACACGACACAUACACACAGCACAUAAACACAUACACACACAGCGACGCUUAGAGAUAAUUAGCGCGUAAGAAGAUCUGUUAGUACUCUACUCAUUGCCAAAACGUUGUAGAGAGGUGUAAUACGUAAUGCUGUGCAAGGUCCGCGCCGAGUUUUUUUUCAGGGCUACUUCUCUUCGCGCGUGAUGCUUGUAUCACUGAGAUAGGAAGAUGUUAAGCGAGGUAGAGAGUGUGUUUCGCACGCGUGGCGCGAAUCUACAAGCGUCUUCGCAUCUUAUUGUUGUACGCGAUCUCCACCCAUUCGCGCCAUCGCGUUUUCUCCAGUUGCGUGUAUACGAGAAAGAGGUUCGAUACCGGCACGAUUAAGUGUUAUUUAUUCGCGAAGAUAAACGGUAGAGACGGAUGUUUUAUCGAGUCUAUCGUGCAGAUGUUUGAAAUGGAACGAGUAAUAAUUAAGACGAGAUUGAUAGUACACGGGGAGAAUAUUUAUAUUGCAGCUUUUUUUUAUAGAAAUUCUUUUCAAUUUUAUUAUAUGCUUUCCAGUAGUGCAGGAAUAGACGACCAGCAAAUUUCAUUUUGCUAACAAACACAAUGAACGAGGGAAAAAUAAGAACAAGAUUGUAAAUAAGAACUUUCCUUACUUAUAUUUCUUAUUUAUAAUUUAUGAUUUUCUUGUUUUCUUCGAAAUUUUUUAACAGUGGACGAUAUAUGGUAUUAGUAGUUUUAUAUUAUAUAUUAUAUAUUAUAUAUAUAGUUUUUUACCGUUAUAUAGUUUAUAGUACCAUAUAGUUUAGUUUAUAGCAUAGUAUAGAGUGUAUUUCAGUUCCGAAAAUACAUAUAAAUAACAUAUAUGAAACGGAAGAGUAAUAAAUUGAGGGAGAAGAUAUCGAUAUAUUCCUCGAUUGCGUAAAAUUCUGAAAUAAUUUUCAUGCUAAAUUCUUUCCGUACAAGUUUUUAUACGGAAAUAACAGUGCGUUUGUUUACAGUCGUUAUUAUAACAACUCAAGUAACAAUAUCGAUUCGACGACGUUCUAAAGAAUUAUUUUCUCGAAACUUUAUCUCUCUUUCUUUCUUUGCGACGGAAUCACAGGAACUCUUUCUGGCGAUGACGAUAUAUAAGAGAAACGUUUUGCGCAUUUUUUCACCGAGGAAGGUCGGAUCGAGUGUGUACAUCAUUGUUACGUUAGAUGAAGCAUCGAGAUAUUUAGAAGAUAAGUGAUACAAAAGAAGCUACUUCCCUCUUGUUACAUAGACGCCUAGAAAACCUGUAUCGGGCGAUGUAAAUAACGUUGCGUUUUAUGUAAAUAAACACGUUAAUCGCGUGAAGAAUAUGAGAGAGAGAGAGAGAGAGAGAGAGAGAGAGAGAAAGAGAGAGGAAGAGAGAGAGGGAGGGAGAAAGAGAGAGUGUGUUGAGAUCACGUUGACAUGACUAGGUGCUUUGUCGACAAUAGUGUGACGAGAAAAACGCGCGGAUUCGGAGCCGAGACGAGAUACUGUUGAGAUGAUCAGUCGAGGUUUAACGAGAUAUAACUUUGUCUCUCGAUCACGAUCUUCUACUCUUGCAAAUCAGGGGAUUCCUACGAAUGGCUGGAAAUACUUGACGGAGAACAGUUAGAAAAGUCGAUCGAGGAAAGAGAAGAGAGAUCAUUCGUCCCGGCUCCGAAUCACAUCUAUGGGAAUAGGAGUGACAUAAUCAAGAGUAUUUUAAUACGCUUAAAUCUAUCACACAACUGAUGUUAGAAAACAAUAAAUCUUUUCUAUGGGCGCGGAUUCCAUGUACACGGUGUCCCGAUUCACACGUUGGUAACGUUGGUAGAUUUCUCGCGGCGAAUCUUUUUUUCUAACAGAGAUUUCAUUGACAACUCUAUCUUAUAUGGUAGUUUUAUUUCCACGAUUGUAAAGCACAUAAUAGUUGCUUAAAUUUUUUAUGUAAAUUAUCGAGCGCUCCGGAUUAAAUUGUUCUUUUGACUCGCGUGUCUAUAUUUAGAUAAAUACACGCGUAAUUGUAUCGUCUCGCAUUUUUGUUGAGAUUCUUAUUGCCGUGUAAUGUACAGAUAUGUUUUCUGGUCAACUUCCAAAUCGAGUAUGUAAGUGAGAAAUUAACACAAGCCGAGAAAUACAAUCUUGCUGCAUUCGCGGCUAGGGACACCCUGUAGAACAGAAUUGAGCGCGACGAAGGAGACAGAAGUGAAUUUUCAAAUGGGCGAAAUAUUAACUCGGAUCAUAGGCAGAAUAUCGCGCUUGAAUGAUCAAGGGCUAUAUUCUGAACGCAUGGGCUCAAAAUAGAUACCUUUCUGAUUCUCAGACUUGAACGUUCCAUGUGACGUUCGUACAAGAAGCACGCAACUUGAAAUUAGAAAGGUAUCAAUGAAGCUACGGGAAGUCGAUCGUGAAUCUUUUUCUCUAGAGUAAAUUAUGUACUUCUAGCUUGAAUAGUGAAGAUUUUCUGACUUGAACAUGUAUGAAAAUCCUCGCUUUUCACGAGCCAACUCUAGAGGGAAUGAUCCACGAUCGACUCUCUGCAGUCGAAUAGACGCAAUCGUCGAUUCUAUUUUAGUAGAUCUUGUUCGACCUCCAUCGCAAUUUUGUUGUCGACAUCACCGAAUACACACGGCGGAUCGCACGUCAAAUCUGUCACUCCUUCGUUGAGCGACUGUCUUAGCAGAAUCGCUAAGCAAAAUCCGCUCGCCACAGAGUUGUCUGGUUCUCGGCGAUGCCCCUUGCGUUGGCGGCGCGUCACGUUGCGUGCCGACAAUCUCCCGAUCCUUCACAUGAGGAAGCAUUACGUAUUGCUCAAAUGCUAUGUUAGCUGUGGUGCUUGCAUUAAGCAAGUUAACAUUAUCAUUAAACAUUGAUUAUCUGUCUGUAUUGUUGUAAUAUGGCACGAGAGUAGUUCUAUAUACAGACGUCUACAUUUAAAAGGGAUAUAUAUAUAUAUAUAUAUAUAUAUAUAUAUAUAUAUAUAUAUAUAUAUAUAUAUAUAUGUGAUAUGUUCCAUUUUAACUUAGAUACUGCAAUAUCUCGAAAAUAAUGCAUUUUUAAAAAAGUAUUUCCAACUAAAGUUAUAGGAUAUCGAGGGGGAAAAAGAUUUUCUUUGAUUUUGAAAAACUCCGUCAAAGGGGGUCAAUUGUAAUUUUUUAAGUGAAAACAUAGUUUCACUAUAGUUUUUUUAAGCAUAAGUAAAUUACUAUGACCAUUCUGCAUACAAAAGUAUAUCAGAAUAAAAUCAUCGAAAAAUGAACAUUUUUGUCUCGACACUUUUCAGCAUAAAAUAUGAAAUAUCUCCUAAAGUAUACACUUUUCGAUAAUCUCAUCCUAGUACUUUUGUAUGCAGAAUGAUUAGAGAAAUUACAUAAUUUAUGUUUAAAAACCAUAUGAUUCUAUUAAAAAGUUAGAGUUGACCUUGAUAAGUCAGGAGUUGAUUUUUUAAGAUCAUUUUAAGAUCAACAAAAUAAUUACAAUCUUUUCUUCCUCGAUAUUCUACAAUAUUCUUUUGUUGGAAACUUUUUUUUUAAAUAAAUUGUUUUCGAGAUAUAAUGUUUAAAUGAAAACAGGACAUCUUAUAUAUAUAUAUAUAUGUAUGUAUGUAUGUAUAUAUAUAUAUAUAUAUAUAUAUAUAUAUAUAUAUAUAUAUAUAUAUAUAUAUAUAUAUAUCUGUGUAUAAAAGAGAAAUAUACAUAUACAUAAUAUACAAACAAACAAAUCGCGAACUUGGAAAUACAUGUGAGUACAUGUACACAUGUGUAUUCACACACAUAGUAUGCGUAUGUAUAUUCUUAUGGGGUGUCUGCGGAGUUCGCAGUUUCGGAAAGAAAUCUCUCUACUCGAAUUCUUGUCGAGUCGUCGUUUACGGUGAGAUUGACAUGAAGUCGUCGCAAUGUUGUUCGGGAGAUUCUUCGUGUUAUUCAUAAAGGAACCUCCUAAAACUUUGAUUUCGACAAGGUCUUCGUUAAAAUAUCGUCGACGACGAAAAUUGUCCGAAAGCGAGCAGCGGCCAGGCGGUAGUGGAAUUUUGAUUUCAGAUUGUUGGAGAUAUUUCCUCUCCGACGAUAUACUUGUGGCUCAUGUUACUCGCUAGUACAAUUAAGCUUUCACUUUUACUUAAGCCUAGUCACUUGUGAUCACGUUGAUUGCGUACAGCCAAUGGGAAAACGUGUCUCGUACCGAUUUCGAUGGCAGUUAGAUGUGUCUUAAGAGCAGAAAAUACGUGUCUUCUAAUGAUUUUUAACAUAUUCAAGAGUCGCCCAUCAAAGUCGUCGAGAUAAACUUACAAACCUUCCCUUGCGAGACUUAAUUAAUCGCGAGAAAUGAGGGUGAAUCGAUAUGCAGUAUUUAUGAAAGGCUACUUAAUAGCUAAGCUAAUUGAUUAGAAUGAAAAUGAUCGGUUGUAAUAAGGAUGAUUUAGCGACGCGUAGUUUUAUCAGUGUCUGUUAUCGCUACGUAAACCCGUCGAUAAAAUAGACUUUUUCUAAACUUAAGAAACAUGACGACAAACUGAACGGUCUCCGCGAAGCGCGCAACUCGGUGGACGCCCCUUAGAUGCGUAAGCGACUGCAAGAGAUAUUUUACUUGUAUACUAUAUACGGAUGCGAAUGUGUGGAUCACUAUACUGACCGGUAAUGAGAGUUAUAUUUUUGUUAGCGUAACUUAAAGUGACAAGUAUUGUAAUAAACCAACCUGAAGAGUCAUUGUUUUGUAUUGCGCGCUCUCGCUCUAGUGUGUAACAAUUGUUUUAUAUAUAUACACAUAUAUAAUAUAUAAUAAUGUUGACUGGCUCGAGAGACUCUCCGAUCGAAUCCGCCACUCCCGCGACGAUAUAACUGUUUCUUUUCCUAGAUAAGGGACAUAAGGGAGAUGACGCUUAGCGAAAAAGAAAAACCCAUUGUAUCCCACUUCCUUCAUUGGAUAUUAAUAGAUGGUAAAUGAUGAUUGUGGUUUAAUUGUGCAUUCGAUCAUUGCUCCCUUCUCAGUCGUUGAGUCGUAAUCCAUACAAAAGAAAAAGCUCGAAAGGCUUUAAGAAUUUUUUACUAUUACUAAUACUUAUAAUUUUCCUGAACACACAUACACAUGUACACACGCACACGCACGUACACUUUGUAGCUGCUUGAGUGAUGGCGAAGCAUUUGCGUCAUAUUAUAUAAAUAUUAGAACUUUUAUAAUUCAUUCAUUAAUUUUUGUUACAAACAAAAACUUAACAAAAUUUUGCAAUCACAAAUAAAUAGGUAGAACCAUAUCUUCCUAUCUUUUGUAAUUUUAUCUGCAUAAAAGCGCGAUACGUUAGUGUUGGAUAGUCCACGGCUUCUUAAAAACGAAAUCAAAAGAAUUUCUAAAGAUUUGCCUAUUUCGACUUGUUUCAGGCAAGUAUCGUCUAAACUAUUGUAUCAAUUUUUUUAGUAAUAGUACUUUGAAACCUUGUUUUUCUCGUUCUUCCUACUUUUUUUUCCCUGUUAGAGUGUAAAAUAAAUUUAAUAAACUGUUAAAGAACUCCGUAUAUAUAUGUAUAUAUGCGGGACACAUUAUUUGGUAACAGUUAUUCAUACGUCGUUAUAUUUUCGAACAUAAUUCAGUUUGUCAACAAUAUACAUAUGGCAUUUAGGAAAAUAAAUAUUGUAAAUACCUUUUCAGUGUCCUAUAAUAUGAAUAUAUACAUCGAAAGUAGCUUGUAAAUAGCUUCCUCAGUGAACAGUCUCCUCAGAACAAUGGUCAGUUAUAUCUGAGAACUGUGCGAAGACAAUAAACCAUCUAAUUUCUCUACUAAGGGAAACAAAAUAUAUCUUUAUGGCCAUUUUCACGGAUUUUUUGUCAGAUCUGAUACAUUUUCCAAAAAUGUCAAGCAGUUAUAUAUGUUAUGGCGAUUUCUUUCAUCCAAACGUUUGCCACGUUUGCAAGAAGACCAAUGAUGGUGAUUUGAAAAUAUGUGAUAGGUGCUACAUGAUCUCUUACUGCUCCGAUUUACAUUUGUUAGUAGAUUACAACUGCCAUAAGAAAUUCUGCAGUUCCAUAAAAAAAUACGCAAUAAAUAAGGACGGCGGGGAUUGGCGCUCCAUUCGUUUAUCCACGUUUCAAUGGAUUCAGUCCAGAUAUGAGUUUUUGCACGAAAUAUCCUUGCAGUUCUCAUACAACCUAGCGUUGUACGAAAUCCAGAUGAUCACUUUCGCAAAAUCAUGUUAUAUGUGCCAUCAACAAAAUUAUUUGCAUCCCUGUCAAACGUGCUAUUCCGAACAUUAUUGUGUUGAACAUGCAAGACACUUUUCAGAUUUUCACUCACCAAAAUGCCAGGCGUUGAAAUUAUAUCUCAACUCAAAUAUCCUAAAUCGCGAUUUUCAUAUACCUGGAUAUACAAUGCACUCGUACCGGGAACAAUAUAUUGAAUUUCCUGAUGAUGAGAGACCUGUUGAAAACAUGGAAAAUUUUAUUACGGGGUAUGUACGGAACUAUCAUCAUAGGAACAUUCGAGCCUGGACUGCUGAUGAAUAUGUGUAUUCCGAUUACGUAUCACGCCCGUUAACGCUGUAUGAUGGAAUGAAGAAAGCCGGAUUAUUAGAUACUAUAAACGUAGAAGAAUGCGUUGUACAUAUAAUAUCGGAAGGUUUCGUUGAAAGACAAUAUGUGUAUGCUUGGGAAAUUCUCUUGCAUCUUUUACAUCGCAUCAAGAGUUUAAAAAUAGUACUAAUAGGAAAAAGAUUAAAAAUAGAAGGUUUUUGCCUUCAAACUUGUAAGAACUGUAUUAAGCGCCACCAGAUGUAUAUGUUCGAGUCUUAUUGUAUGUUUUACAAUGAUUAUGCGUCCGGUCCGUCGUUUCGGCAUCCAAAUGUGAUUGUAACGUUUCAAGCACAUUUUAAUUCAUUCCAGUGGACAUGGAAAAAUAUCGUAUUGGAAUCACAGCGCAUAAAAUGUGCAUAUUUUCUAACUGCUGGGUCACGAACAAUAGCGGAGGCGAACGUACAAAACAUACGAGAAGUUAUAAAGGUAGAGCCUAAAUAUAAUGCACCAAAUAGUUUUAAAUCUCAUAUGCCAUGCAGACUAUUGUCUUCUAAUUACGUUGGUUAUCCUAAUUCGUAUGUAACUAUUUAUGAUAAUUUAAAUUCUCAGAAAUCAGAAACAGUAACCUCUUCUUCUUGGAAGUUCUGAGCACGAUAGAUUUGAAGAUCUUGUGCAAAAUAAUUGCUACGUUUCUUUGAUAAAUUGCGUAUAUAAAUUCCCAAUUUUUUAUAAAUACAUUAUGCUUACUAAUAUAUUGUGAAUGUGUUACUCUUAGGCAUAUUUUUUUAUGGUUUUCUUUAUCAAUUAUGAAUAUUUUUAAUAAAAGAUUUAAAUAUUUAUUUGUUCUUAAA